AUGACUGCCUACCCCGUCUACCGCGACGAGCCUCAGGCUCUCGAGCAGCAGCCCCCUGCCUACACCCCCUCGCCCACCAUCAGCCCCCGCUCGACCUUCAACAACAACACCGCCGACGCCGUCAACGCCGACGCCGCUCCCGCCACCAGGGAGCCCAGCACCUUUAACAAGAAGUUCCACUCCAUCACCAGCAAGGCCGGCUGGCCUCUCAACAAGGCUGCCAACGUCAUCGGCGCCGAGGGCUGGUGGCCCACCAGCAUGGAGAAGGAGUGCGGCAAGGCUGCUCGCAUCCUCCACUCCUUUACCAACUCUACAGAGCUCAAUGGUCAUGAGCCUCCCAAGCAGGAUGGCCCCAUGCACCCUACCGGCAUCACAAAGAAGUCCAUGGUCAAGAUCCCCGACAGUGUCCUCGAGAACUGCGCCGGCCUCGCCAUCUUCAACGUCAUCCGCGCCGGCGCCGUCCAUGCCUCCCUCGCCGCCGGCUCCGGCGUCGUCGUCGCUCGCCGCCCUGACGGCUCCUGGUCCCCCCCCUCGUCCUUUGUCGUCUCCACCCUCGGCGCCGGCUUCGCCAUCGGCCUCGACGUCUACGACUGCGUCUGCGUCCUCAACACGCCCGCCCAGGUCAACGCCUUUGCCAACCCGCGCGUCUCCCUCGGCGGCGACGCCUCCAUUGCCGUCGGCCCCGUCGGCGCCGGCGGCAGCGUCGAUGCCGCCGUCUCCAAGACGGCCCGCCCCAUGUGGAGUUACAUGAAGAGCCGCGGCCUCUGGGCCGGCGUCCAGAUUGACGGCACCAUCAUUGUCAGCCGCGCCGACGCCAACUCCGUCUUUUACAACGAGCGCGGCAUCACCGCCAAGAAGAUUCUCCGCGGCGACGUCGCCUGGCCCGAAAAGGGCAAGCCGCUCUUCGAGGUCUUGCGCGCCAUCGAGGGCCGCGCGGACUUUGACCGGAACGUUGUCCGGGAGGUCGGCCGCAUGGCCACGCCCGGAGACGCCGUCAUCAACGACAACUUGAAGCGCGACGCCACGGCCGAGGUCGAGCACCGCGAGCGGGAGAGCGGCGAGACGGUCCUCGACGAGAAGGAGAGGCUCGCCAAGAGCGGCUACUAG